AUGAAUAAGUGGAGUUUUCUACUCUUACCUGUUCUUUGGCUAGUCCAGUCGGCUACAUCUGAGCGCAUUUUUGUAGAUGGCAGGCACGAGCGAUUCGAUUACCCAUCGCGUUCCAUACUAUCUGACAAAAGACUCGCCAUUUCUGAACCUCGUUGCUCCGAUAAAAUAAAUGAACUAAGAUCACCUACCCGGGAUGUACGACUUUCCAAUAGAUAUGAUACGUUAACCCGAUCUUCGCGCUUAGAUCAUCGUUUGGAUCAUAGUGAACUUUUAUCUGGUGACAGUAAAAGAGUCUUAACAAAUAUUCCAUUCCGGUUUGGUGAUUCAACACGAUAUAAUACUGAUGACAAAACUUUUCUAAGAGGUAUUGAGGAUUCAAAACUUCGAACAAAUAUAAGGUCUGAUCCACAUAAAAUUUACGGAGGAAAUCGUGCUGAUCGCAUACUCGAUAGCUACAAUGAUCCCAAUCCAAUUAGAAUGCAACGUAGUCGGGAAGGAAAUAUUAAACUGGAACAAGGUAAUAUUGUUAUUUUAAGAAGCCGUAACAUUCGUGAUCUUAGUCGUUCGGACCUUCAGGAUAUAACUUUUGAAAGGAGUAACGUAAGAGAAAGUCGUACAGAUGAACGCCGAAAUAAUAAUAUCGAUCGUAGAUUGAAUGUCAAUAACCAACGAAGUGAAGUGUCUGAUAAAAUGGAAAUUAGAGACAGAUAUAUGGUUGCCAGACUAGAGCGUGGAAGAUAUAAACGUUCUCCUGUUUCAAGAUUAAACGAAAGAGACGAAAGGGCAAGAAACAGUGGAAGAAGAUUAAAAGUGGAAUCAUAUUCUGAUCAACGCUUACAAAGACGUAGGGUUCGUGUCGAUAGUUUACCAGAAAACAGACAAAUCGGAACAAAAGAAGUACGAUUCAAUUUGAAUGGAGGUAGCUCUAGAUAUAUUUCUAUUCAAAACAUAGAACGAUUUUUCGAACCAGAUACAACUAGACAAAUUAGAGACAACGGUUUAUACAGACUAGAUGAAGAAGAUUUUGUAGAUCAUCUUACUCGAAAUAUGAGGGAUAACUUUAGAAUUGUAGAAAAUAGUCGAUUUGAGACAUCCGAUCGUCGAACUCAGGCUAUAAGGAGAACACUAAUGGAGCGCCGUGAAAGAGAUGGAAGGUAUAGGUUGGAAAAUGAAAAUCGAAGAGUUUCUGAUGUAAUGGAGAUCAGAUUAGCUAAGGAACAUCAUCACGAAAACAUGUUAGAUGAGAAACGGUAUACCAGGAUUAUUUUAUUGAAUAAUAAAGAGCAAACCUUAAAUGACAGAGUUUAUGAUGAAGUAAGGGAAAGACGAAACGAUAAUACAAGAUUAAACCGUGUACAUUUUAGAAGUAUUCAGACUGACAACAGAAAUCGACAAAGACUGGAAAGAGAUACAAACAGACGCUUGAUGAGACACGAGACACGUAUCAAUGGAAUUGUAGUUGAUCUGCGGUCCAGUAGUAAUUAUAAGAAUACACAUAAUGAAGACAGAGAUAUCCUAAGGCAUACUGAGGUCGACCGACGAGACGAAAAUAGAAGCAGGCAACUCAGAAACAUCAGGGAAAAUAGAGAAGAAAAUAACAGGGAUGGUAUUGUAAGGCAACGCGAAAGAACUCUAUCAAAUAUCCACAACAGAAAUCGGGUGGUAAGAUCUACUAGAAUGAUACCAGAAAGAAGCUUAGAAAGAAUGGAACUUAGACUUGUGGUUUUGCCUGAAAGGGAAAUCAAUAACAAUCAGAAAAGAAUUACAGACCGUCUUGGUAAAGAAAAUGGAUUUAGCAGACUACGUAGCGCUAAAAGUAUUACAGAAAAUGAUGUAGUCGGUGCUAUGACUAGGGAGACAAGAUAUCAAGUUAUUGAGGACACAGAAAGAAAUAAUAAUAGGAAUACACGUAGUAGAAACGAGAUAGAAAGAUUAGCCUCUAGAGACCAACGUUCAUUUAAUAUAAGAAAAUACGACGUCGAAAACGACAAGAGGAUGCGAAAUCGUCACGUGCGAACAGGUAUGCAUGUUUUACAGAGGUCACGAAGCGACGAGCGUAUUUUGAGCCAACUCUACACAAGAAGAAACUUCAAGAGAAUAGCAGAAGUACGAACAAGAACUAUAGAUGAAAUGUCAUUAGCAAGAAUAGAUAAUAUUAAUGAUUACUUCCGUUUAAAUAGUCGAGCGUCAGUAGAAAUUCGGGCCGUCGAAAUGCCUAACAUUCGGGAAUUUAAGACAAUUGAAAAGCGUGAUAAUGGACAAAGAAUAAUGAGAGACAGCAAUAGUGUUAUGGAAAUGCGAGCAGGUAGUUUGAAAUUCGAAUUAAGAGACCAACGAAGUAGGAUAACUGAACAAAAUAAAGUUUUGAUCAGAUAUAAAGAAAUUACAUCUGGUAGGAUGCAACUCACUCGAAAUGAAGAUAAUAACAAUAGGAGAAUGAGAGAGAGACGUGAAGUAAGAAGCAUUAAUAAUAAAUCGGAUACUGGAGAUUCCCGCCAUGACGUAACAAUGAGACCUUCGAUUACUGUAGAUCUGUCCAUCAAAAGCAACAGGGAUUUACAAGAAUCUGUAUCAGAUAGACGAAGGGAAGCUAGCAGGGAAUCUAAAUCUUUUACUUCUAAUAGGGACUUGAUGACACGAGUACAAGACGAAAGGUUGGGAAGAUCAAGAGACAUCCGUUUAAUUUCUAAUUCACGGUCUGAAAGAAAUUACCGUAGUCUUUCACGAUCUCAAACAAAUGAACGGAAGGAAGGAGUGAGAGUAGCUAUUAUUAGAACAGGAUAUGAAGUAUUUAAAAACAAGAAUCAGGCUGACAGUCAAAUCUUUGUUAUGAAAUGGCAAUAUGUAUUUUAUCUGAUACAAGGGGUAUACAUUCUUAGUGUAUUUACGAAGCAAAAGAACUAUUCUAAUGGAAUGAAGUCCAGGUGA